AUGCAAUAUCUCACCCCUUCUACUUUUUGUCUCCUUUUUGUGAUGUUCGACGCUCCUGUAUCUGCGUGAACUCGCCCCCUUUUCAGGUAUAUUCUGUAUCUGUAAGACAGAACCUCAUCAUAAUGGCAACGGAGGCGACCAAGUCCGUCGUUGUCCCAACGACUUCCCCCUCUCCAUUGAAUGUUUUGAUGGUCGGGACUGGAGAGUAUACCACCGGGUUUGUUGGAGGCGGUGCUUCAGGGUCGGAUAAGAAGGUAGGUGUUGUUGGCCUAUCCCUUUUCGACCUUCGGAGAAGAGGAAAGGUGGAUAAGUUGAGUAUGGUUGGUACAAAUGGAACCAAGUUCCCAGCAAUCAGGCAACAUCUUGAUACCAACAUCUCCAAAGUCUACAAUGGCUUGGACUGCUCUUUCGACUCUUACCCUGCGAAUGACGUGAAGGACCCCGACGCAUAUAAAGUUGCCAUUGACGCCUUAAAACCAGGCGCCGCGAUAACUAUCUUCACUCCGGAUACAACCCAUUAUCCAAUAGCUUUGUAUGCAAUUGAGCGUGGGAUACACGUUUUGAUUACCAAACCUGCUGUGAAGACUCUUGAACAUCAUCAAACACUCAUUGAAGCCGCCAAAAAACACAAUGUCUAUGUGUACAUUGAGCAUCACAAGCGCUAUGACCCUGCAUACAAUGACGCCAAGUUCAGAGCCCAGAAGUUGGGCGAUUUCAACUACUUUUAUAGUUACAUGUCCCAGCCAAAGUCGCAGCUGGAGACCUUCAAGGCGUGGGCUGGUGUCGACUCCGACAUCUCGUACUAUCUAAACAGUCACCACAUCGACAUCUGUGACUCAAUGGUUUCGCAGUUAGGCUUCGUUCCCGUCAAGGUAUCAGCUUCGGCAGCAAAAGGCAUCGCCACCACCCUCGGAUGCAAUGAAGCAACAGAGGAUACUAUCACAGUGAUGGUCACUUGGCAGAAACAAGGUGACCCCAGCAAAAUCGCCACAGGUGUAUACACAGCAUCGUGGACGGCCCCGCAAAAGGCUGGUGUGCAUUCUAACCAGUACUUUCACUAUAUGGCCUCCGGGGGAGAAGUCCGUAUCAACCAGGCUAAGCGUGGAUAUGACGUCGCGGAGGAUGCCGCAGGCCAACUCGUAUGGUACAACCCAUUCUACAUGAAAUACGCACCGGACGAAGAGGGCAACUUCAAUGGCCAAACCGGCUACGGCUAUGUCUCCUUCGAAAAAUUCGUAGACGGGUGCCGAGCAGUCAACUCAGGGGCGCUUAAGCCCACCGAUCUUGACGCGAGAGGGCUUCCUACGCUGAAUAACACGAUAGCGACAACGGCUAUCCUCGAAGCGGGGCGACGAAGCAUAGACGAAAACAGGGAGAUCAAAAUUGAAAUCACGGAUGGGUUUUGGAAGCUGGUGUAGAUUAUCACCGCUAACGGUCUAGCCAUGUAGGACUAUUGAAAAGAAGGGAUGAUGAGCUUUCUAGGAUAGGUUAAGCAAAGUCACUCUUUAGUGGUGAUCGCGACUACAUAAAUGGUAGGGAAAUAGUUCUACCAUAACAUCCAGAGUGUCAACUUUGAGAAAUACGGUUCUUCAAAAGGUGCUUCCUUAUCCUCUGGCCUUAGGCGCCCCCUAAUCUCUAGAGCGCGUUUCUUACAAGUUUCGCUAUCUUCUACCAAUCCCUUCUCGGCGUAGAAGAUCGACAGCUUGUACAGGGCACGAGCAAGUUGACCCUCACCCUCAUUCAAAGACUCCGAAAUGUUGAUCAAUUGCUUCAGAAGCUCGCUUUAAUAAUAUUAGCUUUGAGCUAUGCUCAGUGGAGAACA